AUGUGCUGCGGCAAAGCCAACUGGAAGCGCGAGGAAGUUCCCGACCACAAGUUUGACUUCAUCGAUGUGCGCGACUUUCGCAACAAUGGCUGCUUCAUGCAGCUCAAGUACGUCUUCCUCUUUGUCAUGGUCGUCAAGUCGUUCGCAGUGUACGUCGCCGACAUCUACACCGCCGUCACAUUGCUAGCAUUCGGUCAUUUCAGUGGCAGUCUCUACGACAAAGUACAAAACGAUCCCGACAACAACUUUCGUGUUCCCAUCUCGUACGGUCGCUGGAUCUUCAGUGGAUGCAUCAUCUUCUCGUUCCUACUGCUCGCUUACGAGGCGCACAAGUCGCGUGCCAUCGUCAAGAGCCGCGAUAUCAGCUAUGCAUUCACCAACGUCAUGGCCAACAAUUACUACUCGUUGCGCAGCUACGACCACUACUGCUUCUUCGACCACAUCAACGACAGCAAAAAGAAGAAGGACGAGCUUGCCUUUUGGAUCUUCUUCACCUUCAAGGGAUGGAAGCGUCUGCUCGUAGCCGACGGUCCGCGUCAGGUUAUCAACUUCUUCACCCUCUACGGCCUCGGCUCAUUUGCCAAGUGGAGCACCAAUCCCAGCGACUACUACGAGGGCAACAUCUUUACCGGCAUCAUGAUCCUCUCCAUGCUCUUCACUGUCGCCGUCUUUGCUGGUUCGAUGAUCUUGCUCAUGAUGGCAGGUAUCGCCUACAUUCCGCUGCUCUGCUACAUCAAGGGCAACCUCAAGGAGUACUGCUGCCACAAGGUGGACAAGCGUGUCACCGAGCUCGUUCAUCUCAAAAAGAGGCAGCGUCUCGCCAAGGUCAACGAGAUCGCUCGCAAGGAAGCGGCAGGCGACUUUUCGCAUCUCAUGAACAAGAAGGGCGAGAUGGUCCGACAAGCGAUUCCCCAGCCGACUCUGCCCACCGUCGACGUGGAUCUGCUCAACGACGAGAAGCCAAACCGGUCAGGCCCGAUGCAACGCUCCGGCAGCAUGGCAAGCUCGCUCGCGGCUCAUGGCAAUGGAGGGUACUACGGCAACCACGGCGUGCCGGGCUACCAAUCGCCAGGCCAUGGUCCACAACACUUCUACGGCGUCAAAGCGCCUUCGACGCACAGCCUUCGAUACGACGACAACGGGGAAUAUGCAAGUACAGCCAAUCUUGUUUCCAACGCAGGCCCUGCCGGAGGCGAAUACGGUGGCAUGUCUUCCAAUACGUUCGAUUCGAUGGCGGAUCGCAUGGGUCCCAUCGGCACCAGUCCGAUGCUUUUCGCGCAGCGAGUCGGUGGUGGCGGCGGCGGCCGGAUUUCUCCUGCGCCGCCUGCUUCACAACAGGCAAUGGACAUGUACUACACACACGGCCCAGGUCAGCAGCGAUCACUACUGGAUGGCAGCAACGGCGGCAUGUCUCAGCAUGCUGCAUCGAAUGGUGGGCAGUACGAUAUGCAGGGCAGGCAAAGUCCUCAUCCGGGGGCAGCGGGGCAACAGCAAGAUUCGCCGUACACGGCGAGGGGUCUCGACUAUCCACCACCACAGAAUACGCACGGUGUCGAUGGCCUCGACUAUCCGCCACCGCAAGCGCCUGACCUUUCCUCGUAUGUACCGUAUGCAGGAGGCGAUGCACGCGACUACCCUCCUCCGGCUGUCGAGGUGACGAUGGCAGGAUCUCCUCAAAUGUACCAGGGCAACAGCAGCCAUCUUGUCAUCGGACAGGGCACCGAUGGCUUUGGCCGCGAACUUGAUCCGAAUCGAUACAGUCGAAGCAACGGUGCAGGGUCAGGAGCUAACUCGUCGUCGCACAGCCCAGGCACCAGCUUCAACGGGCUGGACGACGUCUACGAUGCCUACCUCAACUCGGACGGCCAUUCACCUGUCAUCACGCCUGACCAGCGACAUAGCUACAUGAUGAGCGACUAUCCGUCGUCGAAUGGUGCAGGCGACUAUCAGAAGGGGGAUGCGCACCAUGACACGAGUAUGAGCUCCAACGGUGGCUACGACUCGCGCUUCGACAGCUACCGGAAUGGAGCCACCGAGCCAUGGUCGUAUCAGAGCCAGAUGUCUGACUACCCUUCCGAACGAUACCCGCAGCACGACUCGUACCAGCAUGCUCAGACGCCACGUCAUUGA